UGGCCUCCAUACAGAGCUAAAGGCCUUCUCCUUUAGUUCCUCUCGCUAUAUUUUAUUAUUGAGCAGUCAGUACCGGUGCUUUCCGCAUAUAUUUUCACAAAUUAAGACUGGUGAAAAAUGGAUAUCGAAAGUGUUGGUGGAUCCAUUGUAUCUAAGAUAUUAGAACUCUUGGUGGAACCAGCAAUCAAGCAGUUCCGUUACAUGUUCUGUUUCAACAAUUUUGUUCAAGAAUUCGAUGAACAAAUGAAGAACCUGGCUUUGGCAUUUUAUCGUCUGCAAGAUGCUGUCGACGUUGCUCAACGGAAUGCUGAAGAAAUUGAGAUUGAUGUCAACACAUGGCUGGAAAAUGCAAAAAACGAAAUUGAAGGUGUGAAUCGUUUGCAAAAUGAAAAAGGAAAAAUUGGCAAAUGCUUUACUUGGUGUCCAAAUUGGAUGAGACAAUUCAAGAUAAGCAAGGCACUGGCAAAGAAGACGGAGACUUUGAGAAAACUUGAAGAAAAUAGCAGAAAGUUUCCAAAAGUGUCCCACAAAGCACCUCUUCAAGAGAUAAAAUUUCUUCCAUCAAAGGAAUUCACACUCUCAGGAUCGUCAAAAGAAGCUUUCAAACAGAUUAUGAAAGCCCUCAAAGAUGACAAGGUGAAUAUGAUCGGACUGUACGGCAUGGGAGGGGGGGGUAAAACCACCCUGGUGAAAGAAGUAGGCAGGAGAGCCAAAGAGUUGCACCUUUUUGAUGAAGUUUUGAUAGCUACGGUGUCCCAGAAUCCAAAUGCCACAGGCAUCCAGGAUCAAAUGGCAGAUAGUUUAGAUCUGAAAUUUGACAAGAAGAGUAAAGAAGGGAGAGCAAAAGAACUAUGGCAGAGACUGCAGGGAAAGAAGAUGCUUAUAGUCCUGGAUGAUGUUUGGAAAGUUAUUGACUUCCAAGAGAUAGGGAUCCCAUUUGGUGAUGAUCACAGGGGUUGUAAAAUUCUUCUAACAACACGUCUUGAAGACAUGUGUUCUUAUAUGAGGUGCAAGGAAAAAGUUUUUUUAGGUCUCUUUUCUGAAGAGGAAGCAUGGGCUUUAUUCAGAAUCAAUGCAGAUUUACGUGACGAGGACUCUACCUUGAACACGGUGGCAAAGAAGGUUGCGAGAGAAUGUAAUGGAUUGCCUGUAGCCCUUGUGACAGUGGGAAGGGCUCUAAGAGAUAAAUCUGUUGUUGAGUGGGAAGUAGCGUCUGAAGAGCUCAAAAACUCUCAAUUUCGGCAUUUGGAACAAAUUGACGGACAAAACAAUGCAUAUGCAUGUCUUAAGUUGAGCUAUGAUUAUUUGACGUCCGAUGAGACCAAGUCAUGUUUCUUGCUAUGCUGUUUAUUUCCAGAAGAUUACAACAUUCCAAUUGAGGACUUGACGAGAUACGCAGUUGGCUAUGGGUUACAUAAAGAUGCGGAGUCCAUUGAAGAUGCAAGGAAACGAGUUUAUGUGGAAAUCGAAAACCUCAAAGCUUGUUGUAUGCUGUUAGGAACUGAAACUGAAGAAUAUGUGAAAAUGCAUGACUUGGUUCGUGAUGUUGCUAUUCGGAUAGCAUCAUCAGAAAAAUACGGAUUCAUGGUAAAGGCUGGCAUUGGGUUGCUGGAGUGGCCAACGAGCAAUAAAAGCUUUGAAGGUUGUAAAGUAAUCUCGUUAAUGGGCAAUAAACUCACAGAACUUCCUGAAGAAUUGGUGUGUCCACAGCUCAAAGUUCUAUUGUUAGGACUGGAUGAUGGUUUGAAUGUUCCAGAGAGGUUUUUUGAAGGGAUGAAAAAAAUUGAAGUUUUGUCUCUAAAGGGAGGGUGUUUGUCAUUGCAAUCACUUGAACACUCAACGAACCUUCAAUCGUUGCUGUUGAUCGACUGUCAAUGCAAGGACCUCACUUGGUUGAGAAAGCUGCAAAGAGUUAAGAUUCUUGUUUUCAGGUGGUGCCACUUCAUUGAAGAAUUGCCUGAUGAAAUUGGGGAGCUCAAGGAGUUAAGGUUGUUGGAUGUGACAGGUUGUGGAUUGCUAAGAAGGAUUCCUGUGAAUUUGAUAGGAAGGUUGAAGAAGUUAGAAGAACUGUUGAUCGGGGAUGGGAGCUUCAAGGGAUGGGAUGUUGUUGGAUGUGACAGCACAGAAGGAGUGAAUGCAAGCCUAACAUCGCUGUCUCAUUUAGCUGUAUUAUCAUUGAAGAUACCGAAGGUUGAAUGCAUUCCCAGAGAUUUUGUUUUACCCAGGUUGCUCAAAUAUGAUAUAAUGUUAGGGGAUGGGCAUUCAGAACUCGAUAAAGAAUACCCAACCUCGACAAGAUUAUAUUUGGAUGAUAUAAGCGCCACAUCCUUAAAUGCAAAGACAUUUGAGCAGUUGUUUCCUACUGUGUCUCAAAUUAGUUUUUGGAGAGUGGAGGGUUUAGAAAAUAUAGUAUUGUCCUCUUAUCAGAUGACCUCCCCUGGCCAUGGGUCGCCAAAGGACUUCUUACAAAGAUUAGAACAUGUCAAAGUGCAUGAAUGUGGGGAUAUUCGCACUCUGUUUCCAGCAAAAUGGCGGCAAGCUUUGAAAAAUCUAAGGAGUGUGGAAAUUGAUAUGUGCAAAUCAUUGAAAGACGUAUUUGAAUUGGGUGGGGCUGAUGAAGGAAUUAACGAGGAGAAGGAGCUGCGGCUGCUGUCAUCUUUAACAAAGUUACAGCUGUCCUAUUUACCUGAGCUCAAAUGUAUAUGGAAGGGGCCCACUAGACAUGUCAGCCUCCAAAGUCUUAAUCAAUUACAGUUGUCGUUUCUUGACAAACUGACAUUUAUCUUCACACCGUCCCUGGCUCAGAGUCUUAUUCAUCUGGAAAGACUACAUAUAGAACAUUGCAGUGGAUUGAAGCGUCUUAUCAGAGAAAAGGAUGACGAAAGGGAAAUAAUUCCAGAGUCUCUUGGCUUCCCAAAAUUAAAAACUCUCUCUAUAAGAGGCUGUCGUUAUCUGGAACAUAUCUUCCCUGUCUCCAUGUCUCCAAGUCUUCAGAACCUGGAAGAGAUGGAGAUUGAUUUUGCUGACAAUUUAAAGCAAGUAUUUUACAGUGGAGAAGGAGAUGACAUCAUCGUCAAGUCUAAAAUUAAAGAUGGCAUCAUCGACUUCCCUCAGCUAAGAAAAUUGUCUCUUUCAAAGUGCAGCUUGUUUGGUCCAAAGGAUUUUGCUGCCCAAUUGCCUUCUUUGCAAUGUCUAAGCAUCUCUGGCCACAAAGAAUGGGAUAAUUUGUUGGCACAGCUUCGAGGGUUUACAAGUUUGGAAACAUUGAAGUUGUCCUCCCUGCUUGUGCCUGACUUGGGGAGUAUAUGGAAGGGUCUCGUGCCAUGUAAUUUGACUACUUUGGAGGUGAAAAGGUGUAAGAGACUGACACAUGUAUUCACAGGCAGCAUGAUUGCUAGUCUAAUUCAACUGAAAAUUCUAGAGAUAUCAAAUUGUGAGGAAUUGGAGCAAAUUAUUGCCAAGGAUAAUAAUGAUGAAAAGCAUCAGAUAUUUUCAGAAAGUGAUCUCCAAUCUGCAUGCUUUCCUAAUUUGUGUCGACUUCAGAUCACAGGAUGCAACAAGUUGAAGAGUCUCUUCCCGAUAGCCAUGGCUUCAGGUCUCAAAAAGCUCCAAAUACUUACAGUAAGAGAAUCCUCUCAAUUAUUGGGAGUAUUUGGGAAGGAUGAUCAUGUUUCACCUGUCAAUGCUGAGAAAGAGACGGUGCUCACUGAUCUGGUGUGGCUGAUUCUAGAAAAAUUACCAAGCAUUGCCUACUUUAGUCAUGGAUGUUGUGAUUUCUUAUUCCCUCGUUUGGAGAUGUUGGGGGUGCGUCAAUGUCCAAAGCUGUCCACAAGAUUUGCUACUACAUCAAAUGGUUCAAUGAGUGCUCAAUCAAAGUUAUCUCAAGUAGCUGAGGGUUCCAGCACUGGUUGCUCCGUGCCAACCAGCACUGCUAUAAGGUGGACCCGAGAUAGUGGGUGGGAAUUGAAAGAGGUAGAGGAUGGAGUCAGAUGAUUAGUUUGGCAUUGGAAUUUAAAAAACAUGCUAGUAAUUAAUUCUUUCAGGUUGGUUGGUUACCUAUGUGAUGUGAUCAACUCGACAUUGGUGGGAAGUAAUUCCAGCUGUUUCAUUAGCUACAACAAUUUGUCUUAUUUCAUGUGUUUGUUGUGUGAACUUCCAGAAAUAAGGGUAAUGUUAUGUGUUUAGUAAUUUAUUGUGCGAA